ACAAAAACGGUCAUCUCUCUCCCCCUCUCUCUCUCUCUCGAGAUCAUCUCGACCAGACGAAGUUCCCAUACUAUUACACGCACAAAUCUCUCUCUCUCUCUCUCUUGCACCUGAUCUCUCCAUAAUUGUUGUUGCAAUGGCAACUGAAGCCAGUAGUUACAGUAACAUUAGUAGCCUAUUUUCAACCCCCAAUUCAAACAACAAGAAAUCACAAUUCACAACCACCACUACUACAACUUCCAUGAUCUCAAAAGUUAAAGUCAUUGUUAGGGUUCGACCCUUUCUUGCCCAUGAAAUCAAGCGCAGCUUCCCCCUCCUCUCUUGCGCCUCGCUUUUCGACUCCAACCAAGAUCAAGAAGUCACAGUUCAUCUCAAAGACCCUGAUACUAGUCGCAAUGAGUGCUUUAAGCUGGACUCUUUUUACGAUCAAGAAGACAACAAUGUGACCACUAUUUUCGACAAGGAAGUUAGCCCUUUCAUCCCUGCUUUAUUUUCUGGAUGUAAUUCUACUGUCUUUGCUUAUGGGGCUACUGGUAGUGGAAAGACUUACACUAUGCAGGGUGAGAAUGAGCUACCAGGUCUAGUCCAUCUGUCCAUGUCACGUAUACUGGCAAUGUGCCAGGGUAUGACGAGUCUAGUGGAGAUGUCAUACUAUGAGAUCUACAUGGAUAGAUGCUAUGAUUUGUUGGAACCAAAAGCAGAGGAAAUUUCAGUGUUAGAAGACAAAAGUGGGCAGAUUCAUCUCAAAGGACUUUCUCGGGUAUCUAUUAAUUCAAUGUCAGAAUUCCAGGAGGCGUUCUCCUGUGCAAUUCAGAGGCGCAAGGUUGCACACACGGGUAUUAAUGAUGUUUCUAGUAGGAGCCAUGGAGUGCUUGUGAUUGCUGUUUCAACACCUGCUGAUGAUACCUCGGGGCAUGUUAUGAUGGGGAAGUUGAACCUCAUAGAUUUAGCAGGUUCUUACACAAUAUCAGAUUUACAUCCUUUUGAGUGUCAACAAUUCGGUUUUAGUACUAACUGGCUCCGAUCAGGUAACGAAGAUAACAGGAAGACUUGCAAUGAUGGUAUUCGGCUCCAGGAGAGUGCUAAGAUCAACCAGUCCCUGUUCACCUUGUCACAAGUUAUAUAUGCGCUGAAUAACAAUAGUCCUCGAGUACCUUACAGAGAAAGCAAACUGACUCGUAUAUUGCAGGAUUCACUAGGAGGAAGAAGUCGUGCUUUGAUGGUAGCUUGCCUGAAUCCAGGAGAGUAUCAGGAAUCUGUUUAUACAGUUAAGUUGGCUGCUAGAUCUCGCCACAUCUCCAACUUCAUUUCUUCAGGUCAGAAGCAAGAGACACCUACCGUUAAAGUUGACAUGGAGGCAAAACUCAGAUCUUGGCUUGAAUCUAAAGGCAAAACCAAGAGUACUCAGAAAUGUGGAGCACGUGAAAAUCCGUUUAUUAGCAGGACCCCAAAGUCUGCAAGUCAGAGUAAAAAGCAAAAUAGUUCAUUGAAACCACAUAAAGUUAGCAAUCAAAGUGCUUCAAAUUGUAAAGAGAGGACUUUGAUGAAGCCGCGUAACUUGUAUCACCGUGGAGAUCUUGUAGGUCCUGUUUUGGAGGGCCCAGACGCGGUUUCAAAGAAGAUUGUGCCCCCAGGUCACAGUGUGUUACAAUCAAAUGCGCGUACACCUGAGCCAAAAGCACUGGACACAGAAAAUGCAGACUCAACUGGAACUUCACCUACUAAUAGAAAACUUGAAGCACUACAAGAUUCCUUUAGGAAAGUCCUAUCACCCAUCUGCUCUAACAUGAACAUUAAGAAAGUAUCAUCAAUUGACCAGAUGUGCCUUAUUCUUUAUGACCCGAAAACUCCCAAGGCAACCCAGCUACGCCAAAAUGACAUGUUUCAAGAGAAUGCAACCUCGCUAGGAAGAUAUACUGCACCAAGUUCUAAAUUGAAGAAUUCUCUGGUUCAACAAUACAUUGAUCUCUUAAAUACUGCCAGCAAGGAUGAACUGUUGGAGUUGAAAGGCAUUGGGGAGAAAAUGGCUACAUACAUUCUUGAGCUAAGGGAAUCAAGUCCAAUAAAAUCACUGGAUGACUUGGAGAAGAUAGGCUUAUCAUCCAAGCAGGUGAAUAAUAUGUUUGGGAGGGCUGCAAAAGGGCUAUUUGACUGAUCUUAGGCAACGCCUUGUUGUUUAUUAGUUGAGGAUUGUUUUAGUGCCUCUUGGUGGUGUGUGUUUCUUUUCUUCAUUAUUUCUAAAUCAACUAUAACUUGUUGUAUAACAUAGUGAUGCUAGAAUGUAGGAAAUUUGUUUAAAUUACCUCUAAUUUGUUGUAUAACAUAGUGAUUUCUGAUAA